ACUUACUCUCACCACACUCACACCAAUCUAAGUUCAUAACUAUAAUCUCUCACAGAGAAGAGAGAGAGAGAGAGAGAGAGAAACAAUGAAGCUUCUUCUUCUUCUUCUUUUUCUCCUUCACAUUUCUCAUUCUUUCACCGCCGGCCGACCAAUCUCCGAGCUUCAUGCUCUAAUCUCACUUAAAUCCUCUCUCACCGGCGCCGGAGAAGACCCAAACUCGCCUCUCGCCUCCUGGAAAUCCUCAACCAGCUUCUGUACAUGGACUGGUGUCACGUGCGACAUCUCUCGCCGGCACGUGACCUCUCUUGACCUCUCCGGCCUCAACCUUUCCGGUACUCUCUCUCCAGACGUAUCUCGUUUACCUCUGCUCCAGAAUCUGUCGGUAGCUGAUAAUCAGAUCUCCGGUCCAAUCCCGCCGGAGAUCUCGAAUCUCUACGGGCUUCGUCACUUGAAUCUCUCAAACAAUGUCUUCAACGGUUCGUUCCCCGAUGAGAUUUCAUCUGGACUAGUGAAUCUCCGCGUUCUCGAUGUCUACAACAACAAUUUGACCGGAGAUUUGCCGCUUUCCGUCACAAAUCUGACUCAGCUCCGUCAUCUCCACCUCGGCGGGAACUACUUCGCCGGUCAGAUCCCAUCGUCUUACGGAAGCUGGCCGGUUAUCGAGUAUCUGGCGGUUUCCGGCAACGAGCUCGUAGGCAAAAUCCCUCCAGAGAUCGGGAACUUAACGACUCUCCGUGAACUCUAUAUAGGCUACUACAACGCUUUCGAGGACGGUCUUCCUCCGGAGAUCGGAAAUCUAUCGGAGCUCGUCCGAUUCGACGCCGCUAAUUGCGGAUUGACCGGAGAAAUUCCACCGGAGAUCGGGAAGCUUCAGAAACUCGAUACGCUUUUCCUGCAAGUAAAUGUGUUCUCAGGGCCGUUAACUUGGGAGCUGGGAACGCUUUCGAGCUUGAAAUCAAUGGAUUUGUCUAACAACAUGUUCACCGGUGAGAUUCCAGCGAGUUUCGCUGAGCUGAAAAACCUCACGCUCUUGAAUCUCUUCAGAAACAAACUCCACGGCGAGAUACCGGAGUUCAUCGGAGAAUUACCGGAGCUGGAAGUGUUGCAGCUUUGGGAAAACAAUUUCACCGGAAGCAUCCCGCAGAAACUUGGGGAAAACGGGAAACUCAACCUCGUCGAUCUCUCCUCCAACAAACUCACCGGAGCUUUACCGCCGAACAUGUGCUCCGGUAACAAUUUAGAAACCCUAAUCACUUUAGGAAACUUCCUCUUUGGUUCAAUCCCUGAUUCUCUGGGCAAAUGCGAGUCUCUGAGCCGGAUCCGAAUGGGCCAGAAUUUCUUAAACGGGUCAAUCCCUAAAGGGCUAUUUGGAUUACCAAAACUAACUCAAGUAGAGCUCCAAGAUAAUUACCUCACCGGCCAACUACCGGUGGCCGGAGGUGUCUCAGUCAAUCUAGGUCAGAUCAGUCUGUCAAACAACCAGCUCUCAGGUCCAUUACCUCCGGCGAUCGGAAACUUCACCGGCGUUCAAAAACUUCUCCUCGACGGAAACAAGUUCGAAGGUCCUAUUCCUUCAGAAGUAGGGAAGCUCCAGCAACUAUCAAAGAUUGAUUUCAGCCACAACUUGUUCUCCGGUAGAAUCGCGCCGGAGAUCAGCCAUUGCAAGCUCUUGACGUUCGUUGAUCUGAGCCGAAAUGAGCUGUCCGGUGAUAUCCCAAACGAGAUCACUGGUAUGAGGAUAUUAAAUUACUUGAAUCUGUCUAGGAACCAUCUCGUCGGAACAAUCCCUGGUUCGAUCUCGUCAAUGCAGAGCUUGACAUCACUGGAUUUCUCUUACAACAACCUCUCCGGUUUAGUUCCUGGAACAGGACAGUUCAGCUAUUUCAACUACACAUCGUUCUUGGGCAAUCCUGAUCUCUGUGGUCCUUAUCUUGGUCCUUGCAAAGACGGUGUUGCUAAAGGAAAUCACCAGAGUCAUGGUAAAGGACCUUUAUCUGCUUCCAUGAAGCUAUUGCUCGUUCUUGGACUACUUGUUUGUUCGAUCGCAUUCGCCGUUGCAGCCAUUAUCAAAGCUAGAUCCUUGAAAAAGGCGAGCGAGUCACGGGCUUGGAGAUUAACAGCUUUCCAAAGACUAGACUUCACUUGUGACGAUGUCUUGGAUUCUCUCAAAGAAGAUAACAUUAUAGGCAAAGGAGGAGCUGGAAUUGUCUACAAAGGCGUGAUGCCUAACGGUGAUCUAGUCGCGGUCAAAAGACUCGCUGCAAUGUCUCGUGGUUCUUCCCACGAUCACGGAUUCAACGCCGAGAUUCAAACCUUAGGAAGGAUAAGACACAGACACAUCGUGAGGCUACUCGGUUUUUGCUCUAACCAUGAGACGAAUCUACUCGUCUAUGAGUACAUGCCUAAUGGUAGUCUCGGUGAGGUGCUUCACGGAAAGAAAGGAGGACACUUGCUUUGGGAUACACGUUACAAGAUUGCUCUUGAAGCUGCAAAAGGACUUUGUUAUCUCCAUCACGACUGUUCUCCAUUGAUUGUUCACAGAGAUGUCAAAUCAAACAACAUCCUCCUCGAUUCAAACUUUGAAGCUCAUGUUGCUGACUUUGGUCUCGCCAAAUUCCUUCAAGAUUCCGGUACAUCUGAAUGCAUGUCUGCAAUUGCUGGAUCUUACGGCUACAUUGCUCCAGAAUAUGCGUAUACAUUGAAGGUUGAUGAGAAGAGCGAUGUGUACAGUUUCGGUGUGGUUCUCUUAGAACUCGUCACGGGAAGAAAACCAGUCGGUGAAUUUGGUGAUGGUGUCGAUAUCGUGCAAUGGGUUCGUAAAAUGACUGAUUCGAAUAAGGAAUCGGUUCUUAAAGUGUUAGAUCCGAGACUUUCUUCGAUUCCGAUACACGAAGUGACGCACGUUUUCUACGUUGCUAUGCUCUGUGUCGAAGAACAAGCCGUUGAGAGACCGACGAUGAGAGAAGUUGUUCAGAUCCUCACCGAGAUCCCUAAGAUGCCACCGUUGAAAGAUCAGCCGGCGACGGAAUUAACCGGAGUCGAGAAGUCAACGGCGGAGAAUGAGCUCUCCCCGAAGUCCGGUGGUCCACCAGAUCUCCUCAAUCUCUGAGAGUUAUUCCGAGGUAGAAAAUUAGGGUUCCGGUAGGAGAGCAAAUUUGUCCUUUACUUAAAUGUUUUUAGCGUUGAGGUUUGGUUGUUAAUUUACUUAUUUACCGGUUUAGUUUGGUUUGUGCUUCGUUCCGGAUAGCUAGUGUGUUUCAAUUUUCUCGGGUUUUACCUCUUUUUUUUUUUUUUUUUAAAUUCGGCUCUAUUUAGUUUUGUAAUCUGUAUGAAUGAAGAUGUACAGUUGGUUGGUUUAUUUUAAGGGGGGAAAUGCUAA